UAACGACAGCCGACGUAAACGUUCAAGCUGAACACGAGAGUGUAUCCAAUCGACAACGAAAAAUUCCUAUUCCGGAAUCAUGACAGUAUAUCCAGGCAACUCUUCUGCCGAUUUCAACGGCCCGGAUUACGGUCAGGUAACAGCGACGUCCGUUCUUCGAACAAUCCCGAUGAUUAUGGUCAGCAUCGCCUCGUUCAUCGGCAAUGCUUUGGUGCUUCUGGCGAUCUACCGUUUUAAAAACUUGCGCACAUUCUCCAACAUGUACAUCGGGAGUUUGGCCAUCACGGACAUCAUAGCUUCGCUGGCAAUGCCUUUUAGCUAUAUCACAGUUCUCACCAACGGUCGUUGGCUGUUUGGAGAGGCGAUGUGCCUCAUAAAUGGCUUUCUUCUCACUUUCCUUGCGAGCGCUUCGUUGCUCACGCUCUUGGUGUUCAGUAUGUAUCGUUGUUAUCUGAUAACGACAAUACGAAAACGUUUGUCGGCGGUCCUUCUGGGAAAAAUGAUCAAAAUCUCCGUUCUUGGCAUCUGGCUGUUGGCGUUGAUCUACUCGUCUCCACCACUAUUCGGGGGAGGGAAGAUUAAGUUGAUGCGAUUCAACUACAGCUGUAUCAUCGAUUUCGUUCAUUCGGGAUUUUACAUUGAGUUUUUGGUCAUUUUCCUUUUUAUUAUACCUCUUAUCGUGAUGACCGUGGCUUACGCACGAAUCAUCAAGUUCAUAAACAUGCAUAACAAGACGAUCAAGAAGAACUCGGCGAACACUCGCCGACGGCAUUCCGGCAUCUUCGCGCAAUCGUCGGAAGCGUCCGUCGACGAAGGUAAUCGCUACACUGUGAUGGAGUUGAAAAGAAAGUUGGAUCUCAUGAAUGAAGGGAGGAGCGACGCCCAGAAGAAGUUGCAGAACCAACUUAAGAACGUGCUGGCUCAGUCAAAGAACGGGGAAUCUUCCCAAUCCAUGGAUUCGGAUUCGAAACAUCCACAGGAGAUACCAUUAACAAACAUUAAACCAUCUCAACUAAACACCGAAGUGACAUUUCAACUGAGUUCCAGCCACACAAUGGAUACCAUCGUGUCUUGCCCGCAGGACGAGGCCGACGAGCCGACGAACAACGACGACGGAAUCAGCGAAGAUGAACGGAGCUGCGACUCGACUUCGGAGAACACCAACACAAAAGAAGUUCGCAAAAAGAUCUCCGUAAGCUCUGUCGUACAGAAAUGGAAGAAUAGGGUUAACAAACAAGACUUUUUAAGACAAUACCGAAAACGCAUAACGCAUCAGACUCGCUUGGCGCGAAUCCUUCUUGUAACUGUCGUAACGUUCCUCGUUUGCUGGACGCCAUUUUCAGUCGACUCGUUUCUUCUUGGCGUUGGAUACACGAAGGAAAGGCCUAAAGAUUUUCAACUGGUCGCGCACUGGUUGGCGUUCUCUAACGCUCUUUGCAACCCAAUUAUCUAUACUGUGAUGAACGCGCACUUCAAGGGGGCGUUUAAAACGAUCCUACAAGAUUUCUGGCGAACUCUCGCAAAUUGCUGUAUCCGUGGGGGGGAUGAUGAUGUGUUUCAGUGAAACUUUAAAUUUGUUCUGCAGCGGAAGUCGGUGAAAUGUGUCGGUCGUUCUAGGGUUUCUGUAUUCAGUUUUGUUACUCGUUAGUCUGACUGGCGGUCCUUAACUACUACUUUAGUCAGUUUAAGGGAGUCAUAUGAAAUCCGGCGAAUUUGCUUUGACUUUGUGUUGUAUU